GAGCGCUUCUUCCGCUUGUUGGAGACACGCCCCUUCUGUGUUCGCACCAAUCAAAACUCAUGAGCAGCGUUCUGUUUUCCAAUUUUUGCCUUUGUAAGACGUCAACGUCGCCCACUCGUGCUCUGCCUGUUACAGUCGUAAUGUGCGUUUAUUCCAGCCAUUACGUUUGUGUUCGUGUGGCCGGCUAACCGCCCCCUCCCCCGGUGGCGUUUGGGUGAGGGGGGCUAACCCUGCCCAGCUAUGGCGUCAGUGUACAGCCGAGGGUCCCAUACCCUGAGCAAGGAUGACGUGAACUACAGAAUGCAUUUCCGAAUGAUAAACGAGCAGCAGGUCGAGGACAUAACCAUAGACUUCUUCUACCGGCCUCACACCAUCACGCUGCUAACGUGUACUGUGCUUUGUUUGAUGUAUUUCGCCUUCGCGAGAGAUGAUGGAAAUCCUGACAGUAAUCUUUGGGUGGGUUUGAUUCUGGUGAUUUCCUUCUUCCUUGUCAUCAGUGUUUUGGCAUUUCCCAACGGUCCAUUCACCAGACCUCAUCCGGCGAUAUGGAGAAUAGUCUUUGGUCUGAGUGUGCUGUACUUCCUCUUCCUGGUUUUCAUCAUCUUCCUGAACUGGCAGCAGGUUAAACAGUUAAUGUAUUGGCUGGAUCCAAACCUGCGCUACGCCAAGAGAGAGGCCGACAUAAUGGAGUAUGCAGUCAACUGCCAUGUCAUCACGUGGGAGAGAAUUCUCAGCCAUUUUGACAUCUUCGCAUUCAGCCAUUUCUGGGGUUGGGGCAUGAAGGCCCUCCUCAUCCGAAGCUACGGCCUCUGUUGGACCAUCAGUAUUACCUGGGAGCUCACCGAGCUCUUCUUCAUGCAUCUGUUGCCCAACUUUGCCGAGUGCUGGUGGGACCAGGUGAUUCUGGACAUCCUCUUGUGUAACGGUGGGGGCAUCUGGCUGGGCAUGACCGUGUGCCGCUUUCUGGAGAUGAGGGCUUACCACUGGGCCAGUAUUAAUAAACUUCAACUUGGAGUGUCAACAAACAGCUUGAUUCUGCUUGUUGUGAAGGACAUCCACACCACCACAGGGAAGAUCAAGCGAGCCGUUUUACAGUUCACGCCGGCGAGCUGGACCUACGUGCGCUGGCUGGAUCCCAAGUCUUCCCUGCAGCGAGUGAUGGGCGUCUAUCUCUUCAUGAUCAUCUGGCAGCUGACAGAGUUAAACACGUUUUUCCUCAAGCACAUAUUCGUCUUUCCGUCAAGCCAUGCCCUCAGCUGGUGUCGGAUCCUGUUCGUCGGCAUCAUCACAGCGCCAACAGUCAGGCAGUACUACGCGUACCUCACAGACACACAGUGUAAGAGAGUUGGGACCCAAUGUUGGGUGUUUGGGGCCAUCGCCUUUCUGGAGGCACUGGCAUGUAUCAAAUUCGGACAGGACUUGUUCUCCAAAACUCAGAUCCUCUAUGUGAUCCUCUGGCUGCUGUGUUUGGCCUUCAUUACAUUCUUAUGUCUGUAUGGAAUGGUGUCGUAUGCAGAGAAAUAUGGUCCAAGAGAAAAGAGCUGCUCCGAAUGUGAGGACGGCAAUUACACAGAGUUUGCUGAUGAUGUGUCAGAAGAAUUUAUAGGAGAGACUGAGGUAGGAGGCGACUGCCCAAAAAUCCGACUGAGAGGAAAAGCCUUGGGAAAGCUCAACUCCGUUAAUGGCCUGGAGAGCCAGUAGGAAUCGAUGGAAGGGUUUCCUAAACUCAACCCAAACAAGAAAAACAAACAAACAAAAACAAAAAAAAAAGUUCUGGUGGUGGCAUUAAGAUAUGCUCCUGGAGAGACUGACUGGUCCAUGCAGUGUUGUUAGAGCGGCACACCCCUAACGUGCUGUCGUUUACCACCAUUGACAGAUGUGUGUGUGCAGAAGAGAUGGUAAUAAAUAACUGCCAACUGUAGAUUGAAGCGCAUGCAUGUAGCUGAUCAUAUACAGACAACUGCCACGAUGCACUAUAUUAUUCAUUACCGCUCCAGACAUUUCACUAUUUAAAGCCGCCUUGAAGAAUCGAUCAUACUCAAUUUAAGCCUCUUGUUUUAUGGUAUAGAAAUGUUUAAAUCUCUUAUUAAUAAUAAUACCUUAUUUUCGGUCAGUUUAUAAACAUUGCGCUGAGUACUUUGACAGUUUGGUGACUUGAAUGUGGGCAAGGCUUCCACACAAGCAGUUUUUUUUUUUUUUUUUUUAAAUAAAAAACCUGGAACAAAACAGCACACGGCUAAUGCACUUUGCCGAAGGUUUGCUCUGAAGAACUGCACAUUUGUAAUGUUUGAGUGUCAUGGGAUUUAUUGUGAUUUUACUCGUCUAUUCAUGGCUGCUAUUUUUUUUUUUUUUUUUUUUUUUUUUUUUUUUUUUUUUUUACCGUGAUGAAAACAAAGCAAAUAUUCAACAUGCUCAUCAGAGUAUAUGAUUGGUCAUGACCUUGUUACACGUGCAUGAUUGCAAUGUUACACACUGGUGGCAGCAUCUUUUUUCUUUCGUUUCUUCCACUUUUAAAUGCACCUAUUGUGCCUGUCUGCAUGUUCCUUUUGUCUAAAUUAUCUCCUUGUGUAUUAAUACUAAUUUGGGGAUUUCUGUGUUAAUGUUUGCCCUUGAUAGCUUUAUUAACAAUUUAUUUGGAUUUUGUGCCAUGGGUGUCGUCUCAUGCAGUACGUGACCCGUGUGCAAUAUUGCUUCGUUUUCCUUGCUCAUGUUUGGACUAACAUUCUCCAAAAAGAAGUGAUCAACUUCUUUUUUUGCAACCACAUGAUCACACGCCGACCUUCUCAUGGUUCACUCCUAGCAUGUCAAGUUCACUUUUAUUGUUUCCAGUCUUGCAGUUUUGGCAAAGUUUGCAAGCACAUUUGUCGUGAUGUUGGUAUAUCAAAGGUUGGUGGGCUGAGCAGAAUACUACAGCAGUUGUGUUUUCAUUUAGAUCUUCCACACAGCCACGAUUGAGAUUGGCGCUUUUACACUUACUGCAUUUGUACUUUGACGGCUGUGUUUAAACUUGAUGUGUGAUGUGAUAUUCAAGUGAUGAUGCACCUCUAACAAAUAAUUCCUGACAAAUCAGAUUUUUGUUUGAGACAAGCAACUGGUAUGAGACAAAGGUUCCUGUCUAUGGUACAUGAUUUUUCCUGGAUGUAUACGUAAUUUGCCAAAACUUUUACAUGGGAAAUUACUUGUGCCGUUCUAUAUCACUGUGAAAUAAUAUUGAACCACAUUAAAAUGUUUUACAUGUUC